UUGGCAUAUAACUCUUGGUUGGGAAGGAUUUGAGGCCAACUCUGAGACCUACAGGAUUUAAAAAAAAAAACAAUGACGAAGGGAACAAAACUGCCGAGAAUACGCAUGUUCCCCUACUUACCUACCUUGGUUUUUGUCUGUUUUGUUCAGCUAGGUCCUUGAGUUGAGAGCGUUGAGAGGGACAUAAAAGUUUGAACAAGUAGGCUAUCCAGACUGUGUCAGAUGUGCCAGAUUUCAAAAAUGUUCUAGGACCUUAGCCUAGGCCAUAAUUUUUAGCAUUUUCGGCCAUGCAAAUCUAAAUUCUUCGUAUAAAUCCUUUGUAAUAUAAGCCUGCAAACAACAAUAAUGACAAAUCAACAAGAAAGUGGGCUACUUUCCGGUAUACAAGCCGUACGUUUGUUCUGGUCUGUUCACGACCAGAGACGCCGAUCCAGUCAACUGACCCAGCUGGCCCGCAGCCAAAACCCUUCCUCGGAGGAGAACCGCUCGGAUGAGGAUCCCAGCCACGCUUCCGACGACGACAACUUCAACGAGCUACGGUUCUGUCGGAUCUGUCGCCUCAGCGAUGACCACCUGUUGGAAAAUGUGUGCGGCUGCAAGGGAACGAUGGGACAGAUUCACGAACGGUGCCUUCGGCUGUGGACCAUCUACAAGCGCAGCCAGAUGUGCGAAAUCUGCCAGUGCAAGUUUCGGUGGAACUUUGAUCGAAAACUGUUGGUGAAAUUGAGCAAUUGGACGAUAGUUUGGAACUUCUUCCGGAGAAAGUACUUCUGGGUACUGCUUAGAGAUUUUCUCAAUUUUAUGGUCCUGUUUGGUAUAUCGGCAAUACAGAAUGCCAAAAUUUUGACUAUGGUUCAAGACGAUACGCCCAAUUUGGUAUUGCCGCUUGCAUUGAUCGGGGCGUCUAUGUAUGAUUUGUACUUCAGCCGAUGGGUCAUGGGGAGAACGCUGCGAGCCUAUAACUUGGUUCGAGAGUACUGGAUCCUGGCACAUGACGAUGAGUUCUUGGGGUAUUUCAACGAAGAAUACGCGGUAUUUGGCGAAAACCAAAGCGAAAUUGAAAAUAUGCUGCUGGCUGAGUAUGAUGCUCCGGAUUAAAUUAACCGUUUUUCAGUACCUCUCAAUGAUUCUUAAGUACUGUUUCCCGAAAAGCAAUGUUAAUCAAAUCAUUCAAUAAAACCUCUCAGAAGUUUAA